AUGCGCGGCGGUGAUCACAUGGAGGGCGCGCAGGAGAGCGCAGCACAGGAAGUGAAUGGGGAGCAGGGCGCGGAAGCGGACGAGGAGGACACGAGGCUGCAGAUCGAGGGUGCUGAUGAGGGAGAUGGUGGUGAGGACCAGGCAACGGGAAUAGAUGUGGCCGAAACCGCUCAGGUGGACGAGAACGCUGGCGCGAGCCAGGCGGAGGAAUCCCACGGGCGAAACGCCAGCCGCGGGGACGAGCAGCGCGCCGAGGGCUCGCUUUGGCAGGAGCGAGUGGCCCAGGAUGAGAGUGGGCGCGAUGCACAGACGGAGAGACAGCGCGAGAAGAGCGGGGAGGAUGGAGCGGCGGAGGCGUGCGUUCGCCGGAGCGGCAGCAGGCGCGCGGGGGCAGAUGGAAGGAUGAGCCACGCUCUCCUGAGCCGCACGGGCGUCAGGGAAGGAGGGACGGGACGGAGCUCUGGACGCAGGAGCGGCGCGGUCGGCAGCAAUGGGAGCGCGGCAGCGUGGUGCACGCACCGGAUCGGCCAAGGCAGGGAGAGAGGGGGAACCGCAGCGGGUCCCACUCGCCAGACGAACGCCGCCAGAGGGGGGAGAAAGAGGAAGGAGAAGGGCAUUCGCCUGAGCACCGCCAACAGCGCAGCAGAAGGUGAGGCACCGCGAGACGAGCAAAGGGAAAGGGGGGAGGAUGCACGACCCGCCAACGCAGCAGUGGGCUCGGGCAGAGGAGUGGGGAGGGCCGAGGGAAAGGCGCCGCGACGCGAAAUGGAUUUGGCAGGAGGGCGGGAGCUUGGUGUACGGCGCGAAACGGGCAUGGGAGGCCAGUGA